GCCCAGUCGAUAGCAACCGUCCACAAAAUGUUCGCCAAGAUCGCUAUUGCUUCCGCCGUCGCCGUGGCUGCCGCCCAGGCCACCGGUCUUGGCUACGGAGCGUCAUCGUACGGCGCCGCUUCGUACGGAGCGCCUUCUUAUGGAGGUUACGGUCAAGCCAUCGCGGCCCCCGCAUACGGAGGAUACGGUCAUGCCGCUCCUCUGGCCUACGCUGCCGCCGCCCCUGUCGUUGCCAAGGCCCAGAUCGCCUACCCUCCCCAACCGUACAAGUUCGGUUACGAUUCCGUAGAUGAGUACGGAACGAAACAGUCUCGUCACGAGGUGUCCGACGAGUACAACAACAAGAAGGGAUCCUACUCGUUCUCCGAUGCUCAUGGAAUCGCUCGUCAGGUUGACUACGUCGCCGAUGGUCAUGGUUUCCGCGCUUCUAUCAAGACCAACGAGCCCGGAACCGCCCCUUCCGCUCCGGCUGCCGCCCACUAUAACGCUGCCCCUGUUGCGAUUAAGGCUGUCGCUGCCGCUCCCAUCAUCGCGUACCCCCCUCAGCCGUACAAGUUCGGCUACGAUUCCGUCGAUGAAUACGGAACCAAGCAAUCCCGUCACGAAGUUUCCGAUGAGCACAACAACAAGAAGGGAUCCUACUCGUUCACCGACGCUCGCGGGAUCUCCCGACACGUAGAGUACGUCGCUGACGGACACGGUUUCCGCGCCCAGAUCAAGACCAACGAGCCCGGAACCGCUUCCUCUGCUCCCGCUGCUGCGCACUACGACGCCCAUCCGAUCGCCAUCAAGGCCGUGGCUGCCGCUCCCGUCGCCGCCUACGCCAAGGCCCCUAUCGCCACCUACGCCAAGGCUCCCAUCGCCACCUACGCCAAGGCUCCCGUUGCUUACGCAGCUCCCAUCGCCCAUGCCGCUCCCGUCGCCUCGUACGGUCACGGAUCUUAUGGCCACGGAUCGUACGGUCACGGACACUACUAGGUUCUUAGAUAGCCAAGGGAAUAGAAGACAACAUCUUUCAGACCGUACAGACGGCUCGCGCUCUUGCGAACCGCUGAAGAUUCUUCUGUACUUCCACGCUGUGAUAUCUCCUCUGUAUAGACUACACUCUCAAGAGACUAUUUAUUCUAUUUCGGAUAGAAUUCCGAUCGAAUCGUCUGCGCUCUCAAGAAUAAAAUG